UGAACGCAUAAUUUUCAAAUAAACGUGGGAAUUUACGUGCAUAUAUAUAUAAGUGAAACGCGACAUAAAAUGGGUAAGAAAAAGAAGCCGCUAUGGAGCAAGUUCGCCAGUACUACGACUUUAUAUUGCCGUUGAUCUUGGAAGCUGGAAAGGUACUAACCACCGUGGAAAACAUAGAAAUUGAAUUUAAAAAGCAAGAGCCUUGGAACUUGGUGACCGAGUAUGAUAGGAAAGUGGAGGCGGUUCUCAUCGAGAAGAUCAAACGGGCGUAUCCUAGUCAUAAACAUAUAGGAGAAGAAGAGACGGAGUGCAAAGGAGUGAUUCCGAAAUUAACGGACGAUCCGACGUGGAUCAUCGAUCCUAUAGAUGGCACCGCAAACUUUGUAAGAAGCAUGCCGUUAACGGGAAUUUCGGUUGGUCUAAUUAUAAAUAAAAAACAAAUGUUAGGAAUCGUUUACUUGCCUUUUGUGAACGAACUGUUUACGGCGAUUAAAGGAGAAGGGGCCUUUUUGAACGGGAAAAGGAUUUAUGCGAGCGGAUGCGACGACAUCGACAAGUCAAUUUUCAGCUAUGAAAUCAGUAUAGCAAGGAGAAACGAUCACUAUUACAACAUGUACAUGUAUCGUUUCAAGCACUUGAUAAGAAUCGUGCAGGGAUUUCGAUCGUUAGGAUGUGUGGUAGUGAGUCUCUGCUACGUAGCAUGCGGAAGGAUAGAUGCCUAUCAGUGCGACGGACUAUACCCUUGGGAUGUAGCCGCUUCUACACUUAUUUUAACAGAAGCCGGUGGAUACGUCACCGACUCUUCCGGCAAAGAAUUUGACUUAAUGGAUCCCAAUUUCUUGGCCACAUCAACCGAACAGUUGGCCAAUCAGUAUAUGGUAAUAGAGAGAAAGGCGGAUGAGGAAUUACUGAACGCUGAGAAGGAAAAGAGAUCCUUUGUACCUUAGACAUUAGGAUAAUGAAAUAUUGUGUAAUAUUUUUUUUAAUUAGAAUAUAAUAGAAAACCAG